UUAGGGGCGUAUUAGCUUUUCGGGGCUAGAAUCCACUUCUGGCACCAGGGAUAAUCUCAGUGAGGGGUGGGACCUCGCCUGAGGCUGUGUGCUCAGCUGACAUCUCGGAAGCUGGGUCCCUAACUAGGACUAACUAGAGGGCAUAUCUAGCCUGGGCCCCCAGAAUAGAAAUAGGGGUGUCUCUGGAUUGGGUACCUGUCUCUGGGGUGGAGCUUUUAUUUGGGAAUAGAGACACAGCUGACUCCAAGGAGCGGGGAUCCCCAUUUGAACGUCAGGGUAUUAUUUUAUGUGCUAGAGUACUCAUGAAACCGCGGAUAUUUCUAGGCUGGAGUCUCCACCUAAGAGUAUCCGCUAAGGGCCUGGGACCCAGCCUGUAUUCCUGCCCAGGGCAGAGUUUCAGAGAAUUGGCUGAACUGGAGUUUCCCCUCGGACAGAGAGCAAACUGGAAGGAGGUUUUCGGGAACAGGGUCCCUUCUACGACAAGGAGCGCAGUUGCAAGUGUUGUCCCUGCCCUGUCCUGUCCUGCAUGGGGGCUCAGGGCUCACUGGACAAGGAUCUGCGGACCUCGCCCACAGCAGCCCCGGGACCGUCUCCAGCCAACUAAUCGGUUCGUUUAUGAUUGGUUUGCGUCAGGAGCCCGGUGGUUCCCAGCCAAUUGAAUAACAGAAGAGACGGGCCAGAGGCGGUGUUGGAACCCAGGUUGGAGAAUAGGGGGGGAAUGAUCGACAUGAAGUUGAGCCUAUGGGGUCAGGUCAGGGUGGACCUCGGAUCUAACUUCUUCAAAAAGGUAUGCAGUGGGUGUUUGGCCGGUUGCUAAGGAGAGGUUGGCGGCUACCGGGACCUGAGAGUGAUUGGUAAACGUAAGAAAAGAUGUAGCCAAUGAAAGGAGUGCUGCAAGACUUAGGGGCCAAUCAGUAAAGGGGAGUAACCUGGGAUGUACCAAUAUGUUAAUUAGGAAGGGGGAGUCUUUGAAGAAAAUAUAGACAAGAGGCUGACAAGCUGAACCUUGGAAGGGGAAGACGUUGGAAAUAUAGCUUCUAUUAGCUCCUAAGAGUUAGGCCAUGAGAAAAUUGGUUCAAUCUUCUAGCCUUGAUGGGGUUGUGAUAGGAAAUUUCCCCUGUAGGUGCUUUGCAUGGUGCGCUCCGCUUGAUCACGUGAGCCGUUUCCAAGAUGGCGGCAGGGGUGGCCGGGUGGGGGGUUGAGGCAGAGGAGUUCGAAGAUGCCCCUGAUGUGGAGCCGCUGGAGCCCACGCUUAGCAACAUUAUCGAGCAGCGCAGCCUUAAGUGGAUCUUCGUCGGGGGCAAGGGUGGUGUUGGAAAGACCACCUGCAGCUGCAGCUUAGCAGUCCAGCUAUCCAAGGGGCGGGAGAGUGUUCUGAUCAUCUCCACUGACCCAGCCCACAAUAUCUCCGAUGCAUUUGACCAGAAGUUCUCCAAGGUGCCUACCAAGGUCAAAGGCUAUGACAACCUCUUCGCCAUGGAGAUUGACCCCAGCCUGGGUGUGGCGGAGCUGCCGGACGAGUUCUUUGAGGAGGACAACAUGCUGAGCAUGGGCAAGAAGAUGAUGCAGGAAGCCAUGAGCGCCUUCCCAGGCAUCGAUGAGGCCAUGAGCUAUGCAGAGGUCAUGAGGCUGGUGAAGGGCAUGAACUUCUCGGUGGUGGUGUUCGACACAGCGCCCACAGGCCACACGCUAAGACUGCUCAACUUCCCCACCAUCGUCGAGCGGGGACUAGGCCGCCUCAUGCAGAUCAAGAACCAGAUCAGCCCCUUCAUCUCACAGAUGUGCAACAUGCUGGGCCUCGGGGACAUGAACGCAGACCAGCUGGCCUCCAAGCUGGAGGAGACGCUGCCUGUCAUCCGCUCCGUCAGUGAGCAGUUCAAGGACCCUGAGCAAACCACCUUCAUCUGUGUGUGCAUUGCUGAGUUCCUGUCCCUGUAUGAAACGGAGCGGCUGAUCCAGGAGCUGGCCAAGUGCAAGAUCGACACGCACAACAUCAUUGUCAACCAACUCGUCUUCCCUGAUCCCGAGAAGCCCUGCAAGAUGUGUGAGGCCCGCCACAAGAUCCAGGCCAAGUACCUGGACCAGCCCACCUUCUGUUCCUCGCCCCAACCCCCUGCCCUUCACCCACUGCUUCAGACCUUCUGAUUCUGGCCUUCAUAGACUGGCUGGCCUGGCCUAGAUACCUCUCACCCUGGGGAGUGGGAGGUCCAGCCCAGUGGUCUCUGACCUCACUGGCGCCACUCCCACCUAUGUCCCUGUGAAGCCCUUGCUCAUAUUCUCUCCCUGACUCUGGGAGACCCUUAGCCUGACCCUUUAAGUUGAUCACAUUCUGUCCCUGCCCUGUGGCCCUGCUGCCUUCUGCCCUCUACCCCUGCCGCAGAUGGAGGACCUAUAUGAAGACUUCCACAUUGUGAAGCUGCCACUGCUGCCCCAUGAGGUUCGGGGGGCGGACAAGGUCAACACCUUCUCUGCUCUUCUCCUGGAGCCCUACAA